AUGCGGACAAUCGUGGUCUGGGCACUGGCCCUGGCGCUCGUGUGCCCGGCAGUGAUCGCGCGGCCCAACCUACCGGAACAACCGAUCUACCUCCGGAGGCGCAGCAACCCGCUCGAGAUUGUGGAGGAGAGCAUCGAGGCCAGCGGAUCCCACCAGCAGCCGGAUGAGAACGGGAACGGCAGCACCGAACGGGUGCUGGCCACCGACACCACCAGCGUGGCCAGCGACUCGCCGAGCCCCGCGAGCAGCUCCGUCGGCAGCACGCCCAGCAGCGAUCAGCAACGGCCAACGCACCAACCCAGUUUCGCGCUCAAGCGGCCGAGCGGCGAGCUGCUGAAGACGAAGAUCGGCACGUCGGGCUUCGUGGUGUCCACCAGCACGAAGGUGCUGACCGCCGGCCCAGGAGGAAGCGGUGGGCCAGCGCCCAAGCACCGACCGGCGGAGGGCGAGGGCAAGGCCAACGAUCAGCUAACCCUCUUUGAUCGCUACACAGGGCACGCCGGCGUAGCGGAACCGCUGACGGACGAGGAGUAUCAGAAUGAGCUGCACCGGGCCACGGAACGGGCUCCACUGCGAACCACCACCACCCCACGGGAGGGGCUCUCCACGUGGGUGCUGCUGUCGGGCAGCGACACGACGGACGCGAAGGACGAUUCGACCAGCCCCAGCAGCAGCACCCGCAAAGCGUCCCUCGCGGUGACGACGACCGCGAGCAGCACAACGAAGCGCUACCAACCGACAGUCCGCCGAGGUCCACCUCCGACCACCACCCCGCGCCCGGCGAAAGCUACGACCGUGGCGGCCGAGGAGAAAAAGGAGAAGCCUGGCAAACCGAUUCCGAAGCAGAAGGUGGCCAUUGCCACCACCACACUGAAGCCGGUGGUUAUUGUGAAGAAGGUCAAGAAGCCACUCCCGGUGUCCUCGAGCACUACGACCACCACCACACCGGCCACAACGUCUGCCGCACCGAGCACCACCGAAGCGGUCCCGGCGGAGCAGAGUUCCCCCGUCACGGAUGCGCCACCAUCCGGUGACGAUUCGAUCGAGUCGUCCACCUUCCUGAUCCUCGAACCGAAGGACGCCAUGUUCGAUCUACCGGAGGACCGUUCGCCGACGAAGGUCGCGGCGUUGCCGAAGCCCAAGAAGGGUGCGACGCGCAAACCGAACACCAAACCGGGGGCGAAGAAGAAGCCGGGUCAGAAGAAAACGCGCAAGCCCGAGAUUAAGGAUGGCGUCGCGAAGCCACCGACCAAGAGCAAGCCAGUGUCGACGCAGAUCAUCAACUACUUGUCGCGCGAGGUGAUGCCGACGGUCGGUGUGGGCCUGGUGGGGCUGGUGAUGGCCGCCGGCCUAGCGUCGUACUUCCUGGGCAGCCCGCUCGGGGCGCUCCGCCGGUCCGAUGACCGAAAGGACGAUCUGUACUACUCGAACUACGAAGAGUACGCCGGGACGCAGGACGGGCAGAACGAGGAGGACGUGUUCGGGAAGCUGAUCGCCGGCAUGCCGGAUCGCUCGUACUACCGCAACGGCGGCAGCAACGUGCGGCGUCGCAUAGCCACCAGCCAGCCAGUCCGCACCGGUCACCAGUACUAUCACGUGCAGCCGUACACCGGCAACAAGUAUCCGCACAUUACGUACCGCAACCGGGCAUACGGCGGGGCCACCGGACCGGAGAUGUACUCCAAUAUUAACCGACAGGCGGGAGGUGGCGGUUCGGUGAUGCCGGCGUCGGCGCCUGCGAUGCCUCAGGCUAAAUCCCAGAACAGCGUCGAGUUCCACUACACCCCACCGACACCGUACUAUCCGCCGAGCCGCGCCGACAUGUCAACACCCGCCGCACGGCCCCCGAGUGCCCCCGUCUACAGCUCAUCGGUUACGACCACGACCGAAGCGGCGGCCGUUCCGGAUCAAGAGCUCGCAAGCCCCGAUCGGCUGAUGGAGCCGGCGGACCACGAGAUGAUGCCGCACCCGGAGGCCUACUCGGCGGAGCAUAGUCCCGAGCACCACGCGCACUACGUGGUCGGUGGCACCGGACCCAGCGGCUACUCGGACGCCAUGCUUGAAAUGAUCAACGCGGCCUCGAUGCCGGAACACGGGCCACGCAAGAAGCGCUCGACGACCGACGAGCCAGAGUCGGAGCUGGACAACGAGAUCAACGUCGAUGACGACGGCGACGACGACGACGGUGACCGGGCGCAGAAUGUGACACCCGCGAAGGAUGUGACCCACGAGGAGGGCGAAGCGACGACGGAGGAGAUGAUGGUGGUGGCCGAUGGGCCUCCGGGCCACCGUUACACGUGGGGCGACUUCAUCCGCAACACGGUCGAGCGAAAGGUCGCGAUGGGAAUCAGCUUCCUGCAGCACGUGACCCAGGACUUCCAGCGGUACCUGAGCGGGGUGCAGGAUCGGUUCGAGGGCCGCCAGUAG